AUGCACUCAUAUUUUCCUCAGGAACAAAGCAGACGACACUUAUUUCUCCAGCCAUGGACGUGCUUUGUUUGCAGCCGGCCCAAGUCCUGGCUAUCAUCGCCUCUGGAAGAUAUAUUCGGUUCUGACAGCAAUCACAAUUAUGGGCAGGCCGUCAGGACUGCCUCAUUUUCUUCUUCUAGAUUAAUGAACAUUUCCGAAAGCACUGCCAAGCUAAUGGCUGCUUCAUUUCCCCCACGAUUUCAGCCCAGGUGCAUGAGUUACUGUAAAACUCAGGAAUUCACUAGUAGUGAUUUCGAUUCCCACUCAAGAACUUAUCAGCAUUCAAAAAACCAAAAAACUAGACAUCAUACAGAUAAGUCUUUCCAUCUUGCUUCAGCGACCCCAGUGAUGGCUCAGCUAGAACUUGGAGCCCUUCAUAAAUGUAAUGAUGGGACGAAAUCAAAAAGGAUGAACUUUGUCACUGAGGCCGAAAAUAGUUUAGAUGAUGUUAGUGUUAUUAGUAGACCAGAUACAUGCUGGACCACUAUAAGUGGAAAUUAUCAGCAUCUCAAAAAGUCCACUUCUUCUCACCACUCAUUUGCUUACUCUAUACCUCUCCUUCGGGGCCCACCUCAGAUUCCCAGCCUUUCUGGAGAGAUGGAGACCAGUCGAAGGUCGGGCGGGCUACCUGGCCAUCGGCGAAUGUUAUUUGCAUGGGCUCAGCCUUGGCGUCGCCGUCAAUUUGCUCUUAUACAAGGACAUUUAGCCUGGGAAAGGCAACCUGGUGUGCGGAGGUUCAAUCUGAAGCGCCCAUUGCCAAAAUUGCCUCUACUGACUCCCUGGAUUCCAUCAGCUUCCACUGUUGACGACACUACAAACACCUCCUCUUCAAUGGGCUCACCUUCGUCAUCACCAUUUUUCUCUGCUCCAAGACUAGGUGGCAAUGAAGCUAAUGAUGGUUCAAUGGCUAUGGCUGGGAAUUGUGGUAUUUUCAGAAAAAGUCCUCUUCAGAUAGGGUUCGAGAACAGCAGCGUCAGAAAGAAGCAGCCAGAAAUAGAAUUUCUUGGUGAAGAGAAAUCUAGCGAAACGAAUCAGGUCGGCUCAAGGCCAACGCGCAUAUGUACCCGCAGCCAUAGUUCCCUGCAUCUAUUAAUGCGUAGCUGCUCAGGCAGAAAUAGAAUUGAGCAAGCCGAGCAGGUGGCGGUAAGCUCUAACGACUUUUUGAAAACUCAUGGAGAUGGCUUGGCUGUUGGACUACGACUAGCACAGAAACGCAUCCAGCCAGAGUUAAUGGAAUCAACUAGGACUGUGAGCUUAUGUUAA